AUGCGUCUUUUAGUGCGAUUCGCACUAGCGGUUUUCCUCCUUUGCUUACUGAUCAUUGCUACAUACAAAUUAUCGGACCUACGUCAACAUGUCAUUUCACGCAAUGAUCCAAAAAAAGAUGCAGAUGAAGUAGUCCGCAUAUUGCUUAUGUCAGACGAUUCGGCAUCUAGCUGGAAAACAGAUGUAAGUGUUACAGUCAACGUAGUCAUAGUACUAAUAGUUUCGCUGCUCAGUAUCGCCUUGCUUAUUACGGGUAUAAUUGUAAUUGCUCUAACAGUGGAUUCGUCUGUAAUGGAUAAUGAAAGUGGUGAUGUAGAUGAAACGACAAGUUAUUUACGAGAUGAUCAAACGGUAAAUUCAAAUUCAAUACGAAAUCGAAUUUCUUGA